AUGGACUUAUGCCCAAUUAAUCAGGGGCGCACUUUUCUGAAGAUGGCAAAGACACUCACGAUUGGAAAUCUGCAAUUUCUCACGCAGAAACGGGCCUGGGGAUUGCCAGCUUUGUACAACCGACAUUUCUCUGCUUCUCACCUCAGAUCAGUGGCUCAUGAAAUUGAUGAACCUAUCGAGGAGGAGUUGUUUCCAAGCCAUCAAGUUAGAUGCUUCCGCCCGACUCACCCAGGCGAGAUACUGAAUGGCAGGUUCAAGACGAUUUCCAAGCUCGGGUUUGGCGGUGCUUCUACUGUUUGGCUGGCUGAAAAUCUCAAAUUUAUAAAAAUUGCCGCUCUCAAUACCGAUGCAUCUGGGGAGACGAAGAAUUCAAAGAUUAUCGCUGAUGCCAAACGCUCGCACGAUGGUCUCGCAUUCAUUCGGACGCCCAUAGAUGAGUUUCACUUGCAAGGACCGGAAGGAACACACCUUUGUCUCGUGUACAUGCCGAUGAGGGAGACUCUGCUUCGGUUUCAGCGACGAUGGGAGCGGCACAGAAUAGAGCCACCGUUUUUCGAGGCUUACAUCUACUGUCUCCUUCGCGCUUUGGAUUUUUUGCAUACUGAGUGCCAUCCCAUCCAUACAGACAUCAAGGAUGAGAACAUCAUGAUGACACUUGAGAAUGACACUCUCUUAGCCGACUAUGUCAAUUACCAAACGAGUGUCCCCCAGCCGAGGCAUAUCCGAAGCGAGGAUGGCCGUGUGACCUACCUCUCACAAGAUGAGUUUGGACCUUUGCGGGGCCCUCAGCUGUUUCCGGAGCUAGCUGAUUUCAAUCUCUGCUUUCCCGGACUUGAUGGCGGCCGGGGCCAUCUUUCCCCCAUCCAAUCUCACCGCUUCCGGGCCCCAGAGGUGCUGCUCGGCUGCCCCUGGUCAUACAGUGUUGAUAUCUGGAAUUUCGGCCUUCUUAUGUGGAAUCUGCUGGAAAACAUCAGCCUGUUCGGGCGGCCUGCUGGCGAGGACGGCGAAUACGAUGCACACGUCCACCUUGCUCAGAUGGUUUCUCUCCUGGGAAAUCCACCCGAGGAAGUGAUCCAGAGGGAGCGAAUUUCGCGUACACACCAUCUCGAGAGGCCAGUCAUGAACCUACGCGGCAAGGAGUCCAAGACGAUGAACGAAUUUUGGGGGGGGCCCUUUUUCGACGACGACGGCCAAAUUCUCCGCAAGGACUUGCUUAGGGAAGGGAUGAAGUUGGCAGACACUGUGACAGAACUGGCUGGCGAUGAGAAGGAGUGGUUGCCUGAGAAGAGGAAGACUGCCAAGCAGCUAUUAGAACAUCCCCUACUCGAAGAGCUUCGCGAAGAUCAUGAGGAGUAA